UCGCGAGUAAGUGUUUUUGGUGGGUGUGGGUGGGGGGUAGGAGUCCGAGUGUACAGAAGACGCGUAGUGAUCGGACCUCGCCUCGCCUGUGAUCAGUUCCAGUGGGGGUUGGUUAGAUUUCGCGCCCACCCUCGCCUCGUAUCGAUACGCAUAUUAUAAUUUAUAUUGUCAAAUGGUCGCAUACGAGUCGAAUAGAUAUAUUGUAUUAUCCUCUUCUUCUGCCUCUGCCUUAAAGCCUUUGCCAUAAUUUUUCCUUUUCUUUCUGAAAGUUGCCUUGGCCAUAAUAAAAAGAAGGUACAUUAAUCGACCAACCAACAACCCUCACGAGAGAGAAAGAGCGAAGUUGGAUAGGGCCCUCUUUGUUAUCGAACAACAUCAGUGUGAGAAGAAUUUGAAAACAGACGACGACAUUAUGAUGAACGGGACUCACAGUGUGGGGGAAUGUUCUAGCUCAACUUCCCUGAGCAGCCAACAGGAUGUUGAGGAUGACUGCAUGAUUGCUGUUGUACUAUCAGAAGAGUAUGCUAAGUUAGAUGGUGCAGUUGCUAGACGCCUUUCCAACCUGGCACCUGUUCCUCACAUUCCUCGGAUAAAUUCCUACAUCCCCAACAUUAGUGAUGCUAGUUUGGACCAUCAACGGCUUCUCCAGAGGUUACAUGUCUAUGGUUUAUACGAAGUAAAGGUUUCUGGUGAUGGAAACUGUCAGUUUCGUGCACUUUCAGAUCAAAUGUACAAGUCUCCGGAGUAUCACAAGCAUGUCCGGAAAGAGAUUGUGAAACAGCUCAAAGACUAUCGUUCUUUGUAUGAAGGCUAUGUCCCUAUGAAGUACAAACGCUAUUACAAGAAAAUGGCAAAAUCUGGUGAAUGGGGGGAUCAUGUUACCUUACAAGCAGCAGCUGACAAGUUUGAAGCGAAGAUUUGCCUUUUGACAUCAUUCAGAGAUACUUGCUUUAUUGAAAUUAUGCCUCAGUACCAGCCACCAAAACGUGAACUGUGGCUGAGUUUUUGGUCUGAGGUUCAUUACAAUUCACUAUAUGAAAUCCGAGAUGCUCCAAUUCAACAGAAGCCAAGGAGGAAACACUGGUUGUUCUAGACUUCUAGUGUGAUUCCUGAAGUUAUGACAGUCAGGAUAUUCAAAGAUUUUAGCACUGUGCAUAUGUUCCCGAAGAUGUUGCAUUUUCAUGAUUUAUUCGUUUUGAAAAUUUAAUUCAAUUAGAAACUUUAUAUACAUACUAGUAUUAUUAUUUAGGCCAUUACGGCUGUAAACGGUUUGUAGUGUUUUGAAGAUGUAUUAUUCUUGUUCAAUUAUUUUGUAAGACCAACGAUGUAUUAUUCUUUCAAAGGGGAUUUAUAUGUGAAAUUAGAUGAUCAGUAUUCACUAUGAA